ACAAAUGGUCGGACAGCUAAGGGAAGAGCGCUCUCCUCAUCAGACCAAAAAAUUACGAGCGAGAGUGUCUUUGCUCCUCUACGACCGGACAGAACACGACCACCACCAUCCCCUGCUAAAUUGCGCCUAAAAGUCCUUAUCCUACGCCUAACAUCUUAUCAUACGCAUCUUCCCUUCCAUUAAGUCGCGGUCUAACAUCGGAACCCUAAAGGAGUUUAGGGGGUGUGUCUCCGAGAGAUGUUGAAUGUAUGUCAGGUUCAUUGAUGAAUCUGCUUUCCCUCUGCUUCAAGCCAUUCGGGCGCACCUCCGAUAACAGCAACUCAGAGGCCGCCGGAUCGUGCGGAAGCGGCGGCGAAGGCAAAGACGGACUCCUCUGGUUCCGCGAUCUCGGUAAAUACCGCGGCGGAGAAUUCUCCAUGGCUGUGAUCCAAGCCAAUCAGGUCUUAGAAGAUCAGAGCCAGAUCGAGUCCGGAAACUUCGGAACUUUCGUCGGCGUCUACGACGGUCACGGUGGUCCCGAAGCUGCCCGUGAUGUCUGCGAUCAUCUCUUCAACCACUUUCGAGUAUAUGGUUAUGCAGAGAUAUCAGCGGAGACGCUAGGAGUUGUGACGAAAGAGACGAUACAAAGAGCGUUUCAGGCUACAGAAGAAGGAUUUGCUUCUCUCGUCUCUGAGCUGUGGAGUACGAUGCCUAAUUUGGCAACUGUUGGCACUUGCUGUUUGGUUGGUGUGAUAUAUCAAAGUACUCUUUUCGUGGCGAGUCUCGGAGAUUCGCGGGUUGUUUUAGGGAAGAAAGGGAGCUCUGGGGGACUCUCUGCUAUUCAGCUGUCGAGCGAGCACAAUGCUAACAAUGAGGAUAUUCGUUGGGAGCUCAAGGACUUGCAUCCUGAUGAUCCGCAGAUCGUUGUGUUUAAGCAUGGUGUUUGGAGAGUUAAAGGUAUCAUUCAGGUUUCGAGAUCUAUAGGAGACAUGUACAUGAAAAGGCAAGAGUUUAACAGGGAACCAAUCGGUCAAAAGUUUAGAAUUGCGGAGCCAAUGAAGAGACCGUUGAUGUCUGCGACCCCCACCAUACUCUCUCAUCCCUUGCACCCUAAUUAUUUGUCUCUCAUUUUUGCUUCCGAUGGUCUUUGGGAGCAUUUGAGUAACGAAAAAGCAGUUGAGAUUGUUCAUAGCCAUCCCCGCGCUGGAAGCGCAAAGAGAUUGAUAAAAGCGGCUCUUCAGGAGGCAGCGAGGAAACGAGAGAUGAGAUAUUCGGAUCUAAAGAAGAUUGACAAGAAAGUGAGACGCCAUUUUCAUGAUGACAUCACGGUUAUAGUAGUGUUCUUGAACCAUGACCUCAUUUCCAGAGGCCAUACCAACUCAACCCAAGACUCGGCCCUCUCUGUCAGGACUGCUCUUGAACACUGAAAGCAUACUUCAAAUUUACAAAAUCAUUUUGAAAUGUUCCUUUGAUCUUCUUAAUUGGUGGUUUAAUGACUCUUGGCUAGAAGAUAAUUAAAAACUGGGCAUCUAAAGACACAAAAAUAUAUAAACGGCAUCGUACGUAAUGAGGUUUGUUGUAUUAGAAAAGCGUCUAUGUUUUGACUCUAGUUUCCCUUCAAGUCUGCAUGGUUCUCGUCUGGUUACUAAUCUUGUGCUCGGCAUUUUCAGUCAUGCCGUUUGUCAAAAAACUGCUUGCCGUUUAGUUUCUAUGUAUGUUUAUGCCAUCUGACAUGCAUGUAACGUAGAUGAAUUGUUAUAUAAUCUUUAUCAUGAAAUGGUUAUAAAUCGUCUCUCAAGUCUCC